AUGAAAAUUUGUGAAUCUUCAGGACAAUGGAUAGUUUCAUCUUACUCGCCAUUGAAAGAAAAGCUGAAUGUCUCAGGCUUCUCAGAUUUCUUGCCAGAGAAGUUCCAUCUGGAGCAUUAUGACUGCAGAGCAAACAGUAACAUUCAGAACUAUAUAAAUUCUGUCCAGCAGAAUGGACAAUGGAAAAAUCAGCUGCCUCAGUUGAAAGCUUUAACUGCAUUGACAAAAGAAGCCGUGCCAUCUGAAUUAAAAAACACAAUCACUCAACCCUUGCCUUCUUUUGAAUCUGGAGGACUGCAAACAUCAAGCUUUGGGCUGCCAAGCUUUCUCAUGAAGAGCAGUAGUAACAGUGCUACCAGUUUCUUCUUUACAAUGAUUUCCAGUCUUGCCAGUGCAUCAUCAUCUGGAAAAACUGAAACAAAAAAGAUUGCAAUGGAAAGAAAUCCUCUUAAGUCACCUCUGCUAGAACUUCUAAAUGCUUAG